AAGUACUUCUGAAUAAUUUGUAAAUUCUAACAACAUUUAAGUAGUGAAUUGGAAUUUUUAUGUUUUUGUGAUUGUUUAUUUUACGUCCGUGUUGAAUUGAAAACAAGUUACAUUUUUGAUAUCGCAGGUUAUGACAAUUGCUAACAGACCUUCGUAAAAAAUGUCUGUGUGUAGUGCAGCUGAAAUUGCAGAAAAACGCCGAAUAGCUUUGGAGAAACUGGCAGCCAAGAAAAAACGCUUGGCUAAUACCGUGUCUACCGAAAUUACUAAAGGGACUGCGACGCAACAGCAGCCGUCCUUUAAGCAGCAACAUCAGACGUACCAGCAAGCUACAACAGUCAACCAACAACAAAAUGCAGCAGAAAAACCCUCCGCAGCGGCCAUAAAUUUCUUAAAUGAUUUAAAACGAGGUAACGUAGGUGGAUAUGGUAAGAAUACACGUGAUGCAUCACAUCCUUACCGGCGUGAUGCAUUUUCGGGUAAACAGAAUACUAAUGCCACACACACGUCAAGCAACGAGCAUAAACAAGUAGCACCUGUUUUUAUCUCUAAAGUAAGCUGCAAGGUGCACAUGGUGAGCAACACACGCUUCGUUGUGCAGCCUUCAUGUUUUCAUGGCAAACUGAUUGAUGUCUUCAAAAGCAUACCAUCGAAAGCUUAUGAUAGCUCCAAACGUAUUUGGAGUUUUGGACUCCAAGACUAUGAACUCCUGCAAAGUAAAGUUUUGCUUAUGAAACCGGAAGUCGUCAUUGGCUCUAUACCUAAGAAUGUGAUUUCGGUGUGUCGUUCGCCGGCUGUAGAAGUCGAACGCUCCUGCUUGUCUUCAAUUGAACCAAAGUUAGCACAAAAACUGUUACCAUUUCAGCAGGAAGGUGUUUGCUUUGCUAUAGCGCAUCACGGUCGUCUCAUGAUUUGUGAUGAAAUGGGUCUUGGCAAAACGUAUCAGGCGCUAGCGGUGGCCGACUUUUAUAAAGAAUCCUGGCCGCUACUGAUUUGCACCACUGCUUCUAUUAGAGAGUCUUGGGCCUCACAUGUACGUGAGCUUCUACCCAGCAUACCAAUUCAUUACAUACAAGUCCUCACCAAUAAUCAACAAUUUAUUGAGGAUGCAAAGGUUCUCAUUACCAGUUAUAAUAUGAUGGACCGGCAUGUUGAACAGCUAAUGCAACGUAAUUUCGGCUUUGUAAUUUUCGAUGAAUCACACACUUUAAAAAAUUCAAAAACCAAAUGUUCCAUGGUGGCGGGACGUCUAUCGAAGCAAGCACGGCAUGUGAUUUUAUUAUCUGGCACACCAGCGCUUUCACGGCCUUUGGAGUUAUUCACACAAAUCCUUAUGAUUGAUCGCAAGUUUAUGACCUUUAUAGAUUUCACUUCUCGUUACUGUGAUGGCAAACAAACGAAUUUCGGUUGGGAUGCUUCAGGUCAGUCGAAUCUGGAGGAGUUAAAUGUGGUGCUCAAAUUGAAAUUUAUGAUACGUCGUACAAAGGAAGCUGUUUUACCACAAUUGUCUGGGAAGCAACGAGAAACAGUUCUGCUAGACCCGGCGCUAUUACAACAUAAUAAUGACACGCAACAUAACUUAGAAACGCUUAGUAAGAGUUUCUCGUCAAGCAAAGGUCAUGAGCGAAAGGAUAUCCUUUUAAAAUUUUAUUCCACAACGGCUGAGGUCAAAGCGCGUGCUGUCUGUGCAUACCUGAAAAAUAUUAUUAAGGAAAACAUAAAGUUUAUUGUGUUUGCACAUCAUCGUGUCAUGAUGGACUCCAUUACCGAUUGUUUGAACAAAUUAAAUGUUAAUUUUAUACGUAUAGAUGGCAGCACCAAAAACGAAGCCAGAGCAGAAAAUAUUGACAAAUUCCAAACAAAAUCUUCAUGCAAAGUAGCGGUGCUCUCGCUUCGAGCUUGUAAUGCAGGCAUCACUCUAACGGCUGCUGAAAUGAUUAUUUUUGCCGAGUUGGACUGGAAUCCCAGUACCUUAGCGCAGGCUGAAAGUCGCGCACAUCGAAUUGGUCAGACUAAACCGAUUAUUUGUCGCUAUUUGUUGGCCGCUAAAACUUCUGAUGAUAUUAUAUGGAAUAUGUUAAAAAACAAACAAGAUGUAUUAAAUAGAGCUGGACUCUUUUGCGAAGACUUACAAGAUGCUACGCAUACCAGAGUACCAACGGAUUUGCAUACAAUCGAGAACUAUUUCUCGCCUACAAAGAAGGACAACCAACCGUCAGCUAGUGUUGAAUUUGAGGCAAAUACUAAAUCGAAACCAACGGAAAGUGUUACAAAUGAUUUAACAAACGAAUUGGACUUGAGUAAAGAGUUGGAAAAUAUUGGAGACUUCUUUCAGGAUGACGAUGAUGAUGCGUUCAAGGGCCUGAUGUUUUGAUUGUUUUGUAUUCUAGACAAAAUUUAUAAAAUGCUUAUUUAAGAACUGAGAAGUGCAUGAAAACUGUGUUUACCUACAUUUUUUGGGUCACAAUUUGCCUUGAAAUAAAUUUAUAAAUAUUAA